ACUAGCAUUAGCAUUAGCAUUACAAGCCUCGUCUCGUCUCUUGUCCAGUCCUGUCUUGUCAGCAAUGCUGCUCACCACACUCCCUUCCACACUUCCACACCUUUAACUUGCCACCCCUUCCAUCCAGUUGGCUUUAUCUCUUCUACUACUCUCGCUGUAACGGCCAAUUGAUUGUGUGCGAUUCCGGAAAAAGGACCUUCAAGUCUCGUUGGAAAGACUAGAGUCUCCUUUCCUAUUCUUUUUUUCUCUAAUCUCCUUGUUACAUUUUCUUAGCUUCUCGAUUAUUCAUUUUCUCUACAAGCAAGAAAGACAGAGUCUUUCCUUCUUGCGCAUCCUUUUUUACCAGUAUGCUGCCUUAAUCCUUAAUGUACCCAGUCGCUUUCAUAUCCGAUCUGUCGCUCUCUCUGCGCGAUCGAACGGACCGAAUUACGGCAGAAUAUCGACGCAUCGCGCAAACGGCGCCGCAACGACGAUAAACGACACCAUCGAAUAUGGAAGGUUUCCUACUUAUUCCCCCAGAUCGGGGUGCCAUUAUCGGAAUCGGAAGAGCUGCUUGGAAGCCUCGAUAUCUUGUCGUCGGUCCACAGCGAGACGCCUACCAACCUAAUACCGGAUUUUCCCAAGUCCUAUCUGCCGCUCGCCUGAAGGACUCAAGUGGUCGGUCGUCGAAACCUAUUCCGAGAGCGCAACCCGAUGCUAUAUUUCUUUCAAUUUAUAAAACAAAGGACGAUUGGGAACCGAUCCAACAACAUUCGAUAGCGUCCGUUACAGAAUGCCAGGUGCAAAUGGUCACCCACCGCAAGCAAGGACCCGUGCUUCCAACUCUUGCUAUCCAGAUAUCUCCAGAUCCCGCUACUGACAAACUGCGAAAGCGUCGAUCGAGUCGAACGGCAGGACUGACUACUACUAAGGAAUCGGGUCCAACAACUUUGUGGCUUCGUCUCGGCGAUGAUCGCACGUAUACGCUGGAGGACUGGGCCCGCUACAUUCAAUCAUUAAUACAACCCGAAGUUCCUGGUAGGCAUCCAAUAAGUCCGAUUAGCCCGACAUCGCCAACUUUCAUUAAUCCAUUCUCUCCAUCUGUUGCUCGAGAUACGAGCGACUUUUAUGCCGGCACAUCGAGUGGAAGUUCCUCUAAGACGCGAACCAGGCCUGUGGCUAAAUCAUCUGGUCAUGCCCAUGCAUCGAGUCGAGAUGCCAAUAUAUCGUAUAUUUCAGGAUCACCUAGCAUACGUUCCCAGCGUAGCGAUAUUUCCUCGUCCCAUGCUAGUUCGAUGGUUCCCGUUAACACGAGUUACGCAGCACAGCAUUAUACGUCAGUACAUCCUUUCGACCUCCCCUCGCCUGCCACCACGGUUGGGGAAUACCACGAUCAAUUCAUCGAAGGAUGGACUUCGGCACAGGGGCGGUCGUCCACCUUGAGUUCUCCUAUCAGGGCAAGGGGAAGUGUUUGCUCUUCGCCAGGUCAAAUUUUACCCAGUGUCCAUUCUAGCUCGCCGCCAGGACCGCGGGAAACCAUUUUAGACAGAGCCUUCCAGCUACGGUGCAUUCCUGGCUCGGACCGUGAAGUUCCCGGAGAAGAAAAGCUCAGUUCUCUUGCUAGAUUUGAAGCAUUGAUGCGUGAAGCGGAGGAACGUCAGAAAACUUAUGAGAAGGAGAAGGCGCCCAUGAACCAACCGUUAAAGAGUACUUGGGAAGAGGACGAAAGCGAGGAAGAAGAGGAAGUGGACGAGGAUGAUGAAGAUGACAGCGAUGAGGAUGGGUUCGAGCAGGAUCUUGGUCAUGACGAGAUCGGGCCAUCUGCGCAAAAGGCCCUCCAAUUCAUCGCUAACCGUCAUAGCUCCGGUCGACCACAAAAUCCUAGGAUGGCCCCAAAUUAUCACGAGUCGGGGCCAUCCAUCCUCCGCCCGCACACGGCACAUUCCAGAUUAAGGCCUGCGGCCCAACGGACGAGCAGUCAGCCGCAUAUUCCUACAUCUACCUUGGAUAUGUCAGCGAUCCCUGCUCGAGUGGCGGAAGAGUCGGUAACUCGACGAAAUCAUGAAAAACGACAUUCGACGUCUGAUGUUAAACGACUUAGUUUUAACGAAUUCACUAAACGAUUAAGCGGCACUAGCAGUUUGUUGCUUGUCCAAACAAAUCAAAGCGCGAGCAGUAGCCGAGGAAGUAGCGAAAUCGACGGAGCUCAACAGACGACACCACCAAGAGGUACGUUGAGUCCGAGGGGUGCCGGAGCGUUGUCCCCGAGCGAACGAGAGGAACGUUGUCGGUGGAGAGGUAGUGUUGGUGUAUUCGGUGCCAACGAAGGUGGCUUCCUAUGAAGCAGACGCCCGUGUGUGUUGUUGCGUAUUCGAUUCCUAAGACCAGCGAUGUCAUCACACGGAAGUCCGGUCCCCUCUGUAUUUUUGAUACCACGAAGUUUUUGCUUGUGUUUUUUUUACGACCCGUCAUGACGAUCGCGCGCACGUGCCAACAACGACGGCACUAUGAUAUCCGACUUAUGGAGCAUGACAGUCCCAUGCAUAUUUGGAGUGUUCAGCGGAUUUUAUGGAUUGGAAUACAGUACGAGACGAAAUCUUUUUUUCUUUUGAGAGAAAUUACCGAACGACGAAACUGUCACGAAUUUGCUGAGCUGCGAGAGACUCAAAUCUUCUGAUUGAUAUCCAAGUAUUUAUUUGAUUUUAUUUUUAGAUGAGAGAAAAUUUGUCGUUUAUUUCGAAGAAUAGUGAUACCCUUGGGCAUCAUGAAAAUAUCCAUUACCCAUUUAUAUACAUAUUCUGAAUCAAUG